ACCACUUGUGGUGAUUUUUGUGUUGAACACAGUAAUGAUCAGGGUUGUUCACAGGACAUGGAAAGAGAGGCGGUCAAUGUCUAUACAAGAAAACAGCAGUCCAUCAGUAUUUCGUUCUCGUAGUAAAAACGGAGGUAGCCGCCCUGUCGGCUAUAACGACCAACAGAAAAUCACGAUUAUGUUGGUUACUGUGUCAAUGGUUUUCCUCAUUUGUAUUAUUCCAGGAGCAUUAAACAGCAUAGCUACACAUGUGUUCCGUUCGUACUCACCAGUAGGGGAAAACAAGAAUUUGUACAUGCUGAUCUCGACAAUCGCCUUUCUUUUGGAGACGAUAAAUUCUUCUGUUAAUUUUAUCAUCUAUAUGGCCAUGAGUAAACGGUUUAGACUGAUGAAUAAAGAAACUCUUUGCUGUGGAAACGGGGAAUAUUACCGGAAAAUAUCAUUCAGCUCAGUAAAAGAGCAGUUCCGUUGGUCAUCAAGUAAAAAACACAACAGAUAUCAGGAACACCCAUUGUUCGAUAGAAGAACUGUGAGCGAUAUUGGACCAUUAUUAAAUGUCUCAAAUGGAAAUGCAGGUGGCAGACGCUGGUCAGAUGAGGCCCACAGUGAAGGAUGGGAAUUAAGGAGUCACGAACGAGGAAGUGGUAUUGGUCAUAAAAUACCUGAAACUAUUUCUGAGGAGCCCAGUCCUCAACAGAGCAAGCACUGUCUUCAAAUACUACAAACAAAGACGCUGAAGAAGUUGUUGGUGUCCAAGCGGAAGAAGAAGACAAAGACUUCACUGUUACCGGAUAGACAUCUUAAAGAGUGCAAUGGAAAUUGUUCAAAUGGAGACAGUGUAGAUAUUAUGUAAAAACGUAAAACUAUGUUAUAUGUUGUUCAAAACAUGUUUUCUAAAUGAACUCAUAUUAUUAAGAAAUUCUAAUUGAUAUUUUUAUGAAAUGUUUUGUGUUGUUAUAGUUUUUGUUUCUUUUGGUCUCUCACAAAAAAACG